CAUCUCCAAAUAUUUUACUGCUCUAAUCAUAACCUCGUUAACCUUUCAAAUCGGCGAAUUUUUUGUAAUAUUGUUAUGAUUAAUAAAAUAUAAAUAAAAAUAUUAAUAAACUAUGGCUUUGUUAAUGGGAAGAAACCUUUUAACUAAACGUUUCUUCUCACACUCGCUAAGGCGUAAUGGUUACAUUGUUCUAGUUCCAGAGAUUGGUGAAGAUUUGCCAGACAACAAAAACCCAUUACAGCAGGAUGAUGGUUUGCCAGAGUUUAAUAAUGUAACUAUUGAACAUUGCAUGGCAGCAAUAGGCCGGCAAACUCUGGAGUUUGAAACAGAUAUUAAGAGAAUUGAGCAAGAGCUUACCAAGAAAGAUCAUGUAGACUUUAUUAAAGAUGUAGUCAACCACUUGGAGAAGCAUGGGUCUGCACUUGAUAUGACAUGGGGUAUUGCAAAGACAUUGUAUCUUGGCAAUAGUGCAUUGAUGCCAACUAAAUCCUAUAUUGCAAUUCAUGAGAGAGCAAAACGUGCUAGGGCAACAAAAUACAACUCACCUAAGAUUUAUAGAGCAGCUAUUGAGAGUUUGCAAACUGAGAAGUUGGCACCAGAGGAAGAAAGGGUAACAAAGAAGUUUGUACUUGAGGGAAAACUAAAUGGCUUGUUACUUGAUGAACAUCAUGUGGCACAGCUAACAGAUAAUUUAAAUAAACAGGCACAGGAAAAACACAAGUUUAAAAUAAAGUAUGAAACUAUCACCAGAAAAUUUAAUCAGAAAAUUGUUGAUCAUCAAGUGAUGGCUGGAUUUCCACGGGAUGUUGCUGCUGGCAUGUCACAGAAUCCCAAUGGUGAGGGGCCAUGGGUGGUAAAUUUGCAGCCACAUAUCUAUCAAGCAUUUAUGGAGUAUUGUCCAGAUAGGACACUUAGAUGGAAUGCAUGGAACGCAAAUGUUAGUCGAGGAUCCGGUUAUGGCGAUAAAGAGUAUGAAAAUAGUACAACCAUUCAGGAGAUUCGAUUUUUGCGGCAGGAUCAAGCUAAAAUUCUUGGUUUCAAGAAUUACGGAGAAGUUUCGAUGGAAACAAAAAUGGCUGGAAGUGUAGAAAACGUGCAGAAAACAAUUGGUGAUUUAUUACUACACGCCAAACCUGCACAAGAUGAAGAACUGAAAACGCUUUUAAAUUUUGCAACAGAUUGCAUGUUUAAGGGAGAACGCAUUGAGCUGUGGGACUACGAUUAUUGGAAACGAAAGCAAUGCCGGUCCCUUUUUGAGUACGACGAUUUAAAGUUGCAGGAGUAUUUUCCACUGAACAAAGUUCUCGACGGUCUAUUCGACAUGUGUGAGAAUCUGUUCGACGUCAAAAUAAAGCAGCGUGCCAACGUUCCUGUCUGGCACAAAGACGUACGAUUUUUUGAUGUUUUUGAAUCGCAUAGUUCCGCCCCAGUUGCUGGGUUUUACUUCGAUCCGUACGCUAGAUCUAGCGAUAAGUCGCACAUGCGGCAGAAUGCCGGGUGGAUGGUAGGCAUUCAAAAUCACAGCCGCAUUGCGGAAACAAAACCCCUUGCUGCUCUAGUCUUUAACUUCCAACAACCAAUUGAGAACAAGCCAUCAUUACUUACUUUCCAAGACCUCCAAACGCUCUAUUAUCGCUUUGGUCAAACUCUACAACACAUCUUAAGUCGCACAACGUUUGCUGAAGUGUCUGGUCUCUCAAAUAUCGAAUGGGACGCUGUGGAAGUUACUGGACAUGUACUGUCCAUGUCAUUACUGAAUAAGUCUACCAUUGAUGCGAUAAGCAGUCAUUAUUUAAGCGAAGACAAAUUACCACAGCACAUGUUUGAUAGUCUAGUGAAUGUGCAACGCCACACAGCCGGUACGGAUCUCUGUAAAGAGCUAUAUCUGUCUGCUUUGGACUUGGAACUGCACACGACUAAGGAUUAUUGGUUGGAUAUUGUAAAGCGCAUGUGGCCGCAAUAUAGAAGCUUCCCGCUUGAUAAGGUUGAUUCACACCCUUGCAACUUCCAUCAGGUGUUUUAUGAUGAAUGGGCGGCCGCAUAUUUUUCACGAGUUUGGUCAAAAAUGAUAGCUGCCGAUGUUUAUAGUGCUUUUCAUGAAGUCCGAGGACAAGAAAAACAAACGAAGGAUGUUGGGAAACGCUUCAGGGACACUUUCCUAGCUUUAGGUGGCGGAACCCAUCCUAAUCAAGUGUUUAGAAAUUUUCGAGGACGUGAUCCUUCGCCGAAAGCAUUAAUAGCUUCGUUAGGACUUAAAAAGAGUAAGAACUAGUUAUUUCAAAGAGUUGUAAAAGUCGUAUGUUUACGUUGUACCAUUAUGCAUGUUAUGUAUGCAGCCAUGUAUUUACAAUAAAGUUUUGUUAAGAGCGUUA